ACGGGCAAAGGCGAUAUUUUUGUUUGCUCGGAGACAGAAAACUCCAAGUUUUCCUUUGGGGGCUCUCGGUGGUCUGGGAUUUUAAUUUCUUUAUUUUCCCAUUGAAUUCGAGAUCUUGUCUCUGAGUAUUUCUUGGAAUCGAAGACAGAAAGUUCUCUAAUCUCUUGCACUUGAUGGAGAACCAAACCUAGAAAAAAAAGAAAAGAAAAACCAGAAUUUUGUGCCUUCAUGGGUUCAGUUCGGAGAUAAAGCACCGGCAACCAAUACUCACAUAAUUCAUAUCCCUAUUACCCAGACUCUUAAAUUUCCAGAAAAAAUGAGCGUGGGAACACAUCUUAUGUACAAGAGUUGAGAUCGAAGCCUUGUAAGUGUAAGCCAGGAGCCGGAGGCGCUUCAGUCCGAGAAAAUUGGUCUUGAUCUGGAGCCGGAGACGCUUCAGGAGCCGGAGCCGGAGCCUUGUGGUCAUGAUCCAAGCUUCGGCUUUCUCGGGGUCCUUCUCUGCGUAGCUUUGCUCCAAAACAUAAAAUCCACAAACCGGAAUUAGUACUCCCUGGACCUAUUUAGGAAAAAAGAUUCCCAAGAGGUGAAGAAGAAUCACAGUUCAUUUUUUUUUUAAGUCAAUUCAUUAUCACCUAUCUCUUGUCCCGUAAAAAGAAAUGGAAAAGAUCCAGCACAGCCACAUACAAGUCAGAGGACUAAAGCUUCAUGUAGCCGAGAUUAAUGUAACCGGUGAAAAGGUAGUGGUGUUCUUGCAUGGGUUCCCAGAAAUAUGGUAUACAUGGAGGCACCAGAUGAUUGCUACUGCAAAUGCUGGGUACCGAGCAAUAGCCAUAGAUUUCAGGGGCUAUGGACUGUCUGAGCAGCCUCCUGAGUCGGAGAAAGCCACUUUCAAAGACCUUGUUGAUGAUGUUCAUGGCCUUCUUGAUUCUUCGGGAAUCGAUAAGAAACCGAGCACACAACGGUGGAGCACAGAGACUUUUAUGACCGUGGAUUUAAACCGAGAGAAGGACAUGGUCUGGGAGGAAUCUGCGUCGAUGAGAGCCGGUUUGCUCGGAUAAAAAGAAGAGUUUCGGAAGAGGAAUGAGACCAUAGAGAGGUUGGGAUCAUUGGGGAGCACCAGAGGUGGUCUGAGAGACCUGAAGAUGCCAUCCCUACAACAAAUAACCAAUCGGAUCUGCAAGUUUGAUCUAGUUGAGAGGAUCAAAACCGGCUUCGUCCACUUUAAGAAAGAAAAACUUGAAAUCUAAAGCGUCGAUAAUCGGCUUAUCGAAGCCUCAGAAGUCUUGUUACGUCUACCCGAAAAAUCGUCGGUCCGGUUGCCGAGAAAAGCCAACCCACCCCAAAACAAUAGUAUAUUGGGAGAAAACCCAGAAAGUC